CCGCGACGAAGGGCCAGGCCGCCGCAGGAGGAUGGAGGUGGGCAUACACUCGGAAGCGACGAGGUCGACAGCACGUUCAUCCCCGACCCCAGCUCUUCCAUACAUACCUCCCGAAGAAGAGACCGCGAUACGGCAUCUCACCUUCUGGCGCGACAGCUUCAGCGUCGAGGACGGGGACCUCAUGCGCUACGACGACCCCACCUAUCGUAUGACACUGACUCGUGUUCACGCAGCCGCGCGCCGCUGCACAUCCUCAACAUCUCCCCCGGACAGCCGGUCGAGCUCCGCGUCGUGAAGUGGCUCAGCGACGAGUUCGUGGCGCCGCCCAAGGCGCGCAACGUGUUCUCCGGCGAGGCCGCAGGGACACCGCCUCGGCUCGCCCGUCCCAUCCAUCGCGGGCCUCGGCGCGGCCGCGUCUGUCGACAUGCCGGGGAGCUUCCCCGUGACCGCAACCGGGAGCGUAGGAGAGCCAAGCGCACGCGGGGCGAGUGUGCGGUCGGCGGAGAGCAUCAAGACGUGCUUCGAGGUCGACCAGAGCCUGCCGACGACGAGCGUGCAGGUGCGCCUCGCAGACGGGACGAGGAUGGUGUGCCGGAUGAACCUGACGCACACCGUGGGCGACAUCCGCAAAUUCAUCAACGCGUCGCGCCCGGAUGGUCCCGCUGGCACUUGUCGUCCGCCUUGGACGGUAGCCUCAAGGCUACCGUGUG